GUGGUGAGCGAGCGAGAGCAUCAGGAUGCCGCUGGUCAAGCGCAGUAGACCUCGUCACCUGUGCCACACAGCUCUGCCGCACAGCAUCAAGAACGAGCUGGAGUGUGUGACCAACAUCUCUCUGGCCAACGUCAUCCGUCAGCUGAGCAGCCUGAGUAAAUAUGCGGAGGAUUUGUUCGGCGAGCUCUUUAAUGAAGCUCAUUCCUUCUCAUUUCGAGUGAAUUCACUUCAGGAAAGAGUCGACCGCCUGUCAAUCAGCGUCACUCAACUCGACCCCAAAGAGGAGGAGUUGUCUCUUCAGGACAUCACCAUGAGGAAGGCCUUCCGGAGCUCCACCAUCCAGGACCAGCAGCUGUUUGAGCGUCAGUCUCUGCCCGUGCCCAUGCAGGAGACGUACGAGCUGUGCGAACAACCUCCGCCGCUCAACAUCCUCACGCCCUACAGGGAUGAUGGGAAGGAAGGGCUGAAGUUCUACACCAACCCGUCAUACUUCUUCGAUCUGUGGAGAGAGAAGAUGCUGCAGGACACAGAAGACAAGAGGAAAGAGAGGCGGAAACAGAAGUUGCAGGAUCCCCACAUGUAUGAUCAGGUCUAUAAAUAUCUAGACCUCCCCGUGCAGCAGAAGAACAUCGACCGACCUCACGAUCCCGAGAAGAUCCCGCGAGCGCCUCACGACCGCAGGAAGGAGUGGCAGAAGAUGGCUCUGGGGGCGGAGCUGGCCGAAGACGAGGACAAACACAGAGAAGCCAACGGAUCGGCGGCGUACACGACACGCAGGCAGAUGUACAUCGAUCACCUGGACGGGCCUUUCUCUCUCGCCGCGCUGCCGUACUCCCAGAUGAACGAACUCCUGAGCCGCUCGGGAGAGAGAAACUACGGCCGGCCGCAUGAGCCUCCUCCACCUCCACCAACAUACCCCCCAGACACCAAACCAGCCUCCGUCAUCAGCUCCAGCUCAGGUUUCUCGGACAGCGUCACACAGUCUCCGGCUCGCACGCCUGUCUUCCUCAACUCCAAUGCCCCGCCCCCGGCCCCUCCCCCUUUACCCCCCCCUCCUCCCCUCCCAGCCAGCCUAUCAGGUUCAAGAAUGCGCGGUUCGGCCCCGCCUCCGAUCCCCCUUACCUUCCCAGCAGCCCCGGCCAUCCCUCCUCCCCGCCCCUCCCAGAUCGCCCGGGCGUUCUCCACCCCGCCCCCUCCCGUGGCCCCGCCCCUUCACUCCUCCCCUGCCCGCGGACAGUUGGACAAGACUCCACCCACAGCCGGAGACGGAACGGUUUGCCGCCGCCUCCCCUCCUCCCCUCUGCCCCUCCCAGGAAACAGAAGCUUCCCCUGCUCAUCCUCAGGCCCGCCCAACAUGCCUUCCUUCCCAUCAGGAGCGGUUUCGCCGCCCACUCACUCGGGUCACGAGGUCAAGAGGUAUCCAUCCAACCUGCCGCCAAUCAGCGACGCCCGCAGCGUUCUAUUGGAGGCCAUCCGUAAAGGGAUCCAGCUGAGGAAGGUGGAGGAGCAGCGGGAGCAAGAGGCCAAGCACGAGCGCGUGGGGAACGACGUGGCCACCAUCCUGUCGCGCCGGAUCGCCGUGGAGUACAGCGACUCCGAGGACGACUCCGAGUUCGACGAGGUCGACUGGAUGGAGUGAAGGCCGCUUCCCGACGAAGAGUUUUCCCACAAACACUCUCCGAUCCGUCGCAGUCGAGUUCAGGAAACGGCCGACGGCUGCAUUCCACGUUCCCAGAAUGCUUCGCUUUAAUGUUUUUUAACCACUCGUCGUGCAAUUGAUGAAUGAAAAUAACCACGUUGGGGUUUUUUUUUUUAUCUGUCAUAUUUCUUUCGUCCGCCUUUUAUUCUCUGUAGGAGCAGCGAAAGCCGUCGUGGGGUUACAGCGGCCUCUUCUGGCCACGACGGGAACGUCUCGAUUCGGCCGAUGGAAAGCGUCCUAUCAGAAUGUGACGGAUGAUUCUCAUGCUUUCUAUAUCAUCUAAACCGUUCUUCCAUUUCAGAGAUGUGAUGUUUGGUGUCAUUUUGUGCUUGUGAUGGACAAAGUCAAAGGAAAAAAAAAAAUAAAGGAGCGCUUUUAUUAACUUCGAGACGACUCAAAAUACAUGAAUCUCCUGUCCAGGUUAUAUUUCACCUCACGACCAACAAUCAAACAAACUAGCUAGCUAAAAAUUGUAUUAAUUAAAAAAAAAAAAAAAAAAAAAAAA